AUGGCCAUUGUACGCCCUGCCGACUGCAGGUACCCAGCCGCUGCGAACCCUAAGAAUGACUACUGCUGUAUUGCAGUGCCUCCGUAUCCCUGGAAAAUGGGUACCCAUAACAUGGAAAGAAGUGUUGGGACUGAAUUCAUGCUGCGUCUGGCAGAAUGUAUAACUCCUAUCAAUGGAUACGCUGGAUACAAUGAUACCGGGUAUACCUAG